AUGGGAUCUAGUCUUAGUGAUCGUCUACACGCCAGCACAACUUCCAGUGUGGAACUGGGUAGUGAACUCGAUGUGGACAGUAUGUUAUCGAGUUAUCAACGAGUUUGUCAGACCCUAGGAAUAGCUACUAUCACGGCUGUGGAACGUCAAAUAGAAGAGGUAUUUUCCGUGAAAGGCGAGCGAAUAUCUGCCUCACAAAUGGAAGCACUCGAAGAAAUUUUUCGACGAGUGCAAUUUGAUUCUCUUGAUUUCGAGUACACCUUCUUGGAUGAUGAUGCAGCCAUUGCACUAAGCGAAAUGCUCGAAUUUUACGAAUCAGCCCAUAAGUUGAAUCUUUCCUUCAAUAAACAGAUUACUGUUCGCGGAUGGACAGAUGUAUUUAGAGCUGUGAAAAAUAGUAAUUCGCUGCAAAUGCUAAAUCUACGGUACACAUCACUUUCUGAGAAAUCAUUAUCGGCUCUAUGUCGUGUACUUCGUGGAACUCCCCAGCCAGCAUUGAGCUGUCUUCAUUUGGAAAAUGUGAACUUGUAUGGAAAGAAUCUUUAUACUCUUGUUUGUGCCUUGAAAUUCAACACUGUGCUCAAG